GUCAAUAACUCCAACCACCAGCGGCUCUUGUAGACAAUGCCUCCAACAAGAAACUCAAAGCGAAGUCAGAAAAUGCAAGAGGACGUUCGAGCUGCAAAUGAUACGGCUUCACAUCAAGAUCAAGAAUCGAUUGUCGAGGAAAGUAAUGGCGAACCUUCAGAACAAAUGACGGGAGUGGAGGAAGAAGGGGAAGAGGAGGUUGUAGAACCCGAAGAAAAGCCAGAGGGCUCAAAGAUGACUAUGGAGGAACGGAAAGCUAAACUUGAACAGCUGAAAAAGAGAAUGGCUUUGUCUUCACGAGCGAACAGACAGUCCCUAAUAGAGGAGAGUGCGAAGGCAAAAAUAACAGCAAGAGAUGCUGCACGAUUAGAGAGACAACGUAAAUUAGCGGAAAUGCUCCGCACCAAGGCGGACGCGGAGGAACGGGGAGAAGAUGUUGAGAGGGCAAAGAACUGGGAGUAUACGAUAGAGGAAAACGAUAAUUGGGAGAAGAAAUUGGCACGAAAAGCUCGUCGAGCGGACUUUGAGUUCCAUGACGACGCUCAUGCUGCUCAUCGAAAGUAUAAGAAAGACCUUGAUCUCUUGAAACCCAACCUAGUAGCAUAUCAACAACAGAAAGAAGUUGCCUUGGGACUUGGGACUGGUGCAUUGAUGAAUUUCGACAACAAAAGUUCCUCAUCACAGCAGGUAUUCUCAACUACCCACGAACAACAGCUUGCCGCAGAGAAUUUAUACCGCGAUGCCAAUACACUGAUAUAUGGUGAUAGCAAGCCGUCGGAGGAGGCUAUUGACAAAGUGGUUUCGAAAAUUAACCGGGACCUCGAUAAGAGAGCUAAGUUCUCCCGGAAGAGGCUUAACGAAGAGGAGGGUGAUAUCACCUACAUCAACGAGCACAACCGUGUCUUCAACAAGAAGAUUGCGCGCUAUUACGACAAGUACACUGCUGAAAUACGUGCUAGUUUCGAGCGUGGAACUGCACUCUAAGGCUUAUGAUAGAUCACGGAUACACGUAUUACUAUUGGAUAUAACUUACGAUUCAUGUUCGAAGUCAAUAUGUACAUUCAACACCCUCGACGGCAUUUUCUGGGUCGGAUGUGAUUCGUUCCGCGAAGACUUGUCCGAAGGUAGCUUCAUAACCAAAUUCAUUUACUAGACUAGCAGUUCUAUCAUACGGUCCAUAACCACACCA